UGUCCGGCUUGCGACAAGGUGCUCAAGACGCCUCAAGGUCUUGCAGCGCACCUGUCAAGUGCGCGAUCGUGUAAGUGGUAUAAUAAAGGAAAAAAUCGAGAGCUCGAAGACGAGGAGGACGGUACCUGGGACGACUUUCGCGACGUGUUGGAAAAUAGGGAUCUCUUCAGGUUCGACCUUCCUGUGCCUGUGGAUAACUCCAGCAUUGGCAACCAGAAUGAAGCAUCAUCCUCUUCGUCUGCCCCACGUCCGGCUCCCCCGCCUUUACGUGUUCCAACCGUGCCUGCUCUGGACGACGACGAGGAUACUAGAGUCGAAGAAGAGGACCCUCUGGCCGGGAGAGUCAUACGCAUGGAGCCGACCAUCGUGGAAACAUGGAGGGCGUAUUUCGCAGAAGAGGAUGAGGACGAGCCGAUGGACGUGGACAAUGCAGAUGGGCCGGAGGCGGACGAGAGAAUGGACGUGGAUGAUGAAGACAGGCCCCCAAACGAGUGUGACGGUAACGCAGUAUGGAGACCAUUUGCGUCUGAGCUCGACUGGCGCGUGGCUAAGUGGAUAAUCAGCGAGGAUGUAGGGCAGAAGUCCUUGAACAGAUUCUUGAGCAUACCUGGGGUGAUUGAGAAGCUUGGGCUCACCUUCAAAGAUGUUCGGGAGCUCUUCAUGAAGGUCGACGGUAUUCCCGACCGGGCAUCAUGGAACACCUCCUCCCUUACAUUCCCCGACAGACCUGAUGAGGCCCACCUCGUUCGUUACCGCGACAUACUGGAGGCAAUAAAGGCCCUCCUCGGCAACCCUUCAUAUGCGAAGCACAUUGUGUAUCGCCCGAGACGAGUGUUCGCCGACAGGUCCCGGACAAAACGGAUCUUCACGGAAAUGUGGACGGGCUUGUGGUGGAACGCAGUACAGGUUCGU